AUGGGGCGGGUGGGGAGGUCGAGGGUGAAAAGGGGGAGGGAAGUGGUGAGGAAAAGGUUAGUGGGGAGCAAGACCAGUCCUGCUACCAAAGAACCGCGACCUGUUCCUGUUCGAAUCCCGCGACGCCUGAUCACCAUUGGCUCAGCGGGCUUCAGCGUUGCAGGGCUGGAGUUCAAGAAGGCGGUCGAGGGCGAAAGCCAGCGGAUCUCCACAGCCGGAAGCAUCAUAACCGGCGUCGCCAUGGCGACCCUCGCCCUCCCGAACCUCUCCCAAACCCACUGGGUCGCCCGCUCCUGCUGGAUCUCCAGCCUCAUCACCUCCCUCCUCGCCGUCUACUUCGCCACCAGCCAGGCCUGGACCAUCAGCCAGCUCACCUCGGAGAAAGACCUGCGCCGCUGGGUCCGCAACACCGACGACGCCGGCAACGACGGCAUCCGCCUGUGGAUGGCGCUCAACGACAACGAUAACGACAACGACGACAACCAGAACGAAGAGGAAGAACAGUCUGAGCAGCUCCUGGCCGGACUCGCCCCCGCCCUGUCGUCCACCAUCACCGUCUCGGCGCCCUCCCUCCUACUAUCCUCCUCACUGCUGCUGCUGCUAGCAGGAAUGAGCGUCUUCCUCGGCUUCGUCUGGUCCCGAGACCUCGACGUCGACGCCGGUGUAGGGGAUAGCAAGUCCGUGUUUGUCGUCUACGUCGUCGUUCUGGGGGUUUCGCUUGCCUCGACGGGCGUUUUCGCGCUCGGCCAGAGACCGGUCCCCGCACGGAGCGUCAUCUUGGGCAGCUUGAUGAAACCGGAUGCGGCCCCGACGGUGGAGAAGGUGGAGAAGAGCGAUUUUGUCGGGUAUCGACAGCUGCUGGUGCAGAAGGAGAUGAGGGAUUUGAUGCAGGAGCAGAGGCUGUUGGGGGAGAAGUUGCUGGGACAGAUGGCCGUGCUUAGGGAGGAGGGUAGGAAUAGGGCGGAAAGAGAUGAUGGGGAGAAGAAAGGCAAGAAGAGGGAGGUGUGGUCGCGGGCGGACUUGUCGGAUAAUGAGGGAGACUGA